CCCAACACAAGAUUCCAUCACUUAUAUCAAAGAGUAGACACUUUCUGUUUAUAUCAUUUACACAACAAACCGAAGAGAGGCUAUGGAUAAACGACGUAAAUGCAACAACAAAGUCUCCACUUGUCUUGGUAUUGAUACAGACAACAAAGUGAAGAAACAUGACUUAGAAGCUGAGAAGCGACUCAAGAAGGUGGAGAAAGAUUAUAUCCACGCAAGCCAAAAGUAUACAGAAGCAACAUUACAGCGGUGGAACUUACGCUGUGAGAGAGAACGUGCUAUCAAUCUCUGCUGCUCGGCUGAAAACUUCAAGAACUACUGCAACCAGCUAGUAGAGAAACUUCAGAAGAUUCUUGACAAGCUACCUACAUCAGAAACAAAGGAAGUCAUCGAUCAUGGCGUGCAAUCCUCGAUUUUCAGUGAUUUUCGAAAGAUUAACGGAGAGGCACCCUACUAUCAAAGAAAAUUGCCAAGGAUUAACAGCAGAAAAGCUGUAAAUGAUCUUCGUAAGGAGGUUAGAAAGAAGAAGACGUGUAGAGACAAAGCUGUUUCAAAUUUUGCAUCGGUUUGUAAUCCCACAAGUCAUGACAGUUUGAGAAAAUCUGUGGAGCAGGAGAUAGUUGUUGUAAAGAAGCUGAUAAGAGAGAUCCAAAAAGACUUUGAAGAAAAACUGCAUAUAGAGCAAUAUGCAAUAAAUGUAUAUGAAUGCAUCGAACGGAAGGUGAAGCAUUUAGAGGUGAAAAAGGAACACUUGUCGGGGCAAAGGGACAUCUUGAGGCUGAAUAUAUCAAAAAGGAACACGAUUGUGACUGAUUUGCCGCCUAAGCGGGGCAAAAAAAAAACAUCUUGAUGCUCAAUAUUUAAAAAAGAAACAUGCUUAUGAUCUAUUUGCCGUCUAAGUGUACAUUAAUAUUUACCAUUGGGUUGUGAUAUUUUAAUAUGGGACUUGGAGUGUA